AUGGGCACAGUGGCACAUGAGAAUUCCUCAAAUAGAAUUCCUAUACCAAUAUUUGAACAAGGACCUGAAUCAACCAAUUCUUAUUUCAGACAAAGUCAAGAAGGAGCUGUUAUGGUGGCUGACCGAUCAAAACAUCAAUUGAGGAUUUCCUCUGGGAACAAUCCUUUGGAUGACAUUAACAGACGCCUGUCAGUCAG